AUGGCCAAGAAAGCAGCUCCGCCUCGUUGCCAGCCCUUUCGGCCUUUUCAACUUUUCCUCAAGGAAAUGAAACUCUCCCCGACGGCUGGCAGUGCAAAGUGGCGUGCUCUCACUGACGAGGAGAAGCAGCCGUAUCGAGACCGAGCUCAGCAGGAGGAUCAGGACAUGUUGAAGAAGCUCACGGGAAGUGGCGUCGCUCGCGCUUUUGCUGCGCCAUGCGAUGGAGUGGUGACUUUGGCCAAAGGAUCCUCUGCCCAGAAGAGCAUGGAGGUGAAGGUCCUCACAGAGGUGUUGUUGGACGACACAGUGGAGUUGGUUCCGGUGUUUUGCCACGAUUGCGCCAAAGUCUUUGAGUUGUUCACUCCUCCGCACACCGCCUGUCCCCAUUGCAAACAGUCAGUGCAACGUGUGGAGAAGACCGAAUGUGGUGCUUGGCUGGUAAAGACGCAGCUGAUCGCUGAGGGCAUUGAGAAGUGUGCUUUGGGAUUUGACGAUGCCAAGAUGAAGAAGCGUUUGACUGUGUCGAGCUUUUGGCGCGACAGUAUCAUCAAGAAGGGCAUGAUCAGUGAGGCAAUGGCGUUGACUUGCCAAGACAUUGCCGCAUCGAACACAGGGCGCUUCAGGUUCAGUGAAGAUGCGAAGCGCUGUAUGGCUACGGCGCUCCAGGACUACUUGGAGGUACACUUGCACAAAGUGUCGUUGGUCACAGAGCAUCGUGGCGCAGCUGCCCCAGCGAGUAAGGAUUUUCGCUUGGUGCGGCUGCUGGACGAUCCAGAUGCCUUGUCCCGAAGCCUGUACGGGGCGCAGUGUGCCGAAGCUCAAGAGCCUCGCCGCAAGCGUCUCCGACGCAUGUCACCUGAGGCUGUGGCACCUUUUGACUUUGAGGAGGGCCAGGAUGUAGCAGAAUCUCCGGCGCCUCAAGACGUUGACUGAUCUCUGACCAUAUUGAGAUCUGUCGUGUUGGGUCUUGCCUGUUGGGCUGUGAAACAGGCAGCUGUGCUGACAGAGACGAACAUGGAAAAUAUA